AACACACAAAAUUGGAUGAAGGCAAAUAUGCAGAUCCUCAAAGACCAUUACGUUCAAGUGAAAGCAGAACUACUGAAUCGAAUCCACAAAAUGGAGGAAACAGAAUGGCAGAUAGCAGUUAAAUGGGCCAAAGGUAGAUUCAAACACAAAUUGAGGGAAGACAUAAUAGAAAGGGCCAAAACACAAAUGGAACAGAAUCUAGUGGAAACAGAAAAUGGAGGAACUGCAUGUUUGCCUAUCCAAGUAUCAAACAGCUCCUCUAAUCCUUCUUCCACUGCCGCCUCUUCUUUUUCUUCUUCGUUGUCUUCUUCAAUCUCUUCCUCUUCUUCCUCCAAACAGAGUCCGAGUAAAGACGACACAAACCUUGUGGCAAGUUCUCCACAGAUGCAUUUAUCGAAAAGCAAUGGAACACCUCGGCCUUUAAACAACAACUCCGAUAAGACCAAGGGGGAGCCGACCCAGGGGGAUAGGAAGCAGGAGAGGAAGGAGGUGAUGAAUGGGUCUACAGAAAGGAAGACCACGUCCUUGAGAAAAGCCCGAUCUGAAUCCUCCCUUUCCCUUUCCCCUUCCUCUUUCUCGUUGACUCCCCUGCAUGUGGAACAUCCGGACAGGGUGGAGCCCCCAAAUAAAAACCUGUGA